GUCUCAUCUUAACUCACCUAAAUGUCAUUAAUUUUCUUUCUAUUUUAUUAAAGAUCUAAAAAGAAUCAAUCAUCCAUAAAAGUUCAUAAUUCCCGAAAUAUAUUCAAAAUAUUUGUAGACAGACACUUGGGAGAGGACUAUAAGUACACAGAGAUCCCUCGCAAUCUUCACAUCACACCACCAAUUUUGGUUUAAGGGUUUCAUUCGAUUUGGAAAGCGAUCUCGUUUGGUGAUCUGAGAAAUGGCGACAAGUGAGAAACAAAGCAGCCCAAAGCCCCCACCUUCGCCUUCACCUCUCCGCAAUUCCAAGUUUUUUCAGUCGAAUAUGAGGAUAUUGAUCUCAGGAGGAGCUGGAUUCAUUGGAUCUCACCUUGUUGAUAAGCUGAUGGAAAACGAGAAGAAUGAGGUGAUUGUUGCUGAUAACUACUUCACUGGUUCCAAGGACAACCUCAAGAAAUGGAUCGGUCAUCCUAGAUUUGAGCUCAUCCGUCAUGAUGUCACGGAGCCACUGUUGAUCGAGGUUGAUCAGAUUUACCAUCUCGCAUGUCCCGCAUCUCCCAUUUUCUACAAGUACAAUCCCGUGAAGACCAUCAAGACCAAUGUGAUCGGCACACUUAACAUGCUAGGUCUUGCCAAGCGUGUUGGCGCAAGAAUCUUGCUUACCUCUACCUCGGAGGUGUAUGGAGAUCCUCUCAUCCAUCCCCAGCCUGAGAGCUAUUGGGGAAACGUCAACCCAAUUGGGGUUAGGAGCUGUUAUGAUGAAGGCAAGCGUGUAGCUGAGACUUUAAUGUUUGACUACCAUAGGCAACAUGGAAUUGAAAUCCGCAUUGCCAGAAUCUUCAACACUUAUGGUCCACGCAUGAACAUAGAUGAUGGGCGUGUCGUAAGCAACUUCAUUGCUCAAGCACUUAGGGGUGAGGCAUUGACUGUUCAGAAACCUGGGACACAGACCCGUAGUUUCUGUUAUGUAUCUGACAUGGUUGAGGGGCUAAUGCGCCUCAUGGAAGGAGAUGAAACUGGUCCCAUCAACAUCGGUAACCCAGGCGAGUUUACGAUGGUGGAACUAGCUGAGACAGUGAAGGAGCUGAUAAACCCGAGCAUAAAGAUAAAGAUGGUGGAGAACACACCCGAUGAUCCAAGACAGAGGAAGCCAGAUAUCACAAAGGCUAAAGAAGUGUUGGGGUGGGAACCGAAGGUGAAGCUCCGUGAAGGCCUUCCUCUUAUGGAAGAAGAUUUCAGGCAAAGGCUCGGAGUCCCCAAGAAGUAAAAACUUUGGUUCACAAAUCAAACCCAAACGUGAAUGCACACUACUAUAAGUCAAUUUCUACAUUUUAAUAUCCACAGUUCAAGUGGUUGGUUUAAUUUCAUAUAUAGUAUGUUUCUAUUUACUGCAGUCUGAAAUGUUAUUUAGGUAGAAAUAAAGAUCACGAUGGACGAAAGCUAUAUUCUUGAUAUUUCUAGCAA